UUUUACCUCCAAUUCCACCUCCUCUCUGUUUCACUCUCCUCCCCCCAAUUGAGAGAGAGAAAGAGAGUGGGCUAGUAGAGAGAGACCAUGAGGGUGCGCCAAACCCUUAAAAUGCGCACUACACUGACUCUAACACAGCUCAAUACCCUUCUCUUUAGAUCCUAAUCUUCGAACGCCAGUUUCUUUCUGAGAAUCCAUCAGAGAUUGUUUAAGCAAUAUCAGAUUUUGAGGAAUUAAUGGCGAAAAAAGUUAAGAAGAAAGCCCGAAGUGGUUAUACAGAGAAGCGAGUUUCUACCCUUUCUCAGAAAACUGAAACUGUCGCCCAACAAAGCAUUCCAAGCACUGAUGAUGGACUUUCAGUCGUAAAAGAGAGGAAAGUGUGUUCCCAUCUUGAUAAGGGUAUUGAUUUAGCUAAAAUUUCUUCAAGAAUAAGUUCUAUAGAACGUAUUAGGUGUGAAGAUUGUAGAGAAGGUGUGGUUGAUAGGCGGGCAAGUAGGGGAAGGGGCAAGCAGGUGAAGAAGAAAGGGGGAGGUUCUGUGGACAAGAAACCCGAGUCUAAAGCAAUUUGGGUUUGUCUGGAAUGUGGUCAUCUUUCAUGUGGGGGGAUUGGAUUCCCAACAACCCCUCAAACCCAUGCAGUUCCGCAUGCCAGGCAAACUCGUCAUCCAUUGGCUAUCCAAUUUGAAAACCUUCAACUAUGCUGGUGCUUCCCUUGCGAUACACUUAUUCCAGUUGAAAAAUUGGAGGAAAGUGGUGAACAGAAAGAUCCACUGUUAGAUAUUGUGAAAUUGAUAAAGGGGCAAUCAUUUCAAGGGGCCUCAGUGGAUGUUGAGGAUGUUUAUUUUGGGAGUGGCAGUGUUAUAAGUGAGAUAAAAUCAGAAAACAUCAUUGUAAGUAGUUUGGAUGGAAAAAGUGGUUAUGUGAUCAAAGGCUUGGUUAAUCUUGGUCAUACUUGCUUCUUUAAUUCAAUCAUGUAGAAUCUCUUAGCAAUGGAGAGAUUACGGAAUCACUUCUUGGAAUUGGAUGAGUCUGUAGGUCCUCUUACCAUUUCUUUAAAGAAGCUCUUUUUUGAAACUAGUCCAGAGGCUGGCUUGAGAAAUGUGAUAAAUCCAAAAUUCUUUUUCGGGUGUGUUUGUGCCAAGGCUUCCCAAUUUAGGGGGUAUCAACAGCAUGACAGUCAUGAGUUGCUUCGUUGUUUACUCGAUGGGUUGUGUACUAAAGAGUUGAGUGCAAGAAAACAGACUACUUCUCUGGAAAAUGGGAUUCCCUCAAAUCUGGGUCCUACUUUUAUUGAUAGCAUCUUUGGGGGCCAACUAUCC